CUAUGCUGGGCCGGUCUAGACUGUGAUGUUGGGUUGGGCAGGAAGCGACGCCUUUUUUCGUGGGCGUCUUCUCCACCACCCCACCACCACAUAUAGGCUCGCCGUGCCGUGGUUUCCGCCGACCCCCUCACGCGCACCACCACCACCAUCUCUGCAUUUAUUAACCCACCUCCCCUCCCGCCUCCCUCGCUCUCCCAUCAACCAACGCCAUCCGCUUCCCCUCUGCUCCCGCUCCGCGCCGCGCGUUGCGUACGCAGGAUCUCAUAAGUAAUAAUACAGAGGACAUGGCGACACCAUACAAACCUAAGAACAUACUUAUUACGGGAGCGGCUGGGUUUAUCGCCUCCCAUGUCACAAUCCGCAUUGUCAAGAAGUAUCCUGAUUACAAGAUUGUCGUCCUUGACAAGCUUGACUACUGCUCUAAUCUGAAGAACUUGCUUCCUGUGAGCUCAUCGCCAAACUUCAAGUUUGUCAAGGGCGAUAUUGCGAGUGCUGAUCUUGUCAACUUCCUUCUUGUUACAGAGAACAUUGAUACUAUAAUGCACUUUGCAGCCCAAACACAUGUCGACAAUUCAUUCGGAAACUCCUUUGAAUUUACCAAGAACAACAUUUAUGGUACCCAUGUCCUUCUUGAGGCCUGCAAGGUCACAGGCCAGAUCAAGAGGUUCAUCCAUGUGAGCACUGAUGAAGUCUACGGGGAGACUGAUGAGGAUGCAGUCGUUGGCAACCAUGAGGCGUCACAGUUGCUCCCCACAAACCCCUAUUCAGCCACCAAAGCUGGAGCAGAGAUGCUUGUUAUGGCAUAUGGGAGAUCCUAUGGUCUGCCGGUUAUCACUACUCGAGGAAAUAAUGUCUAUGGCCCUAAUCAGUUUCCUGAGAAACUUAUCCCAAAGUUCAUUCUCUUGGCUAUGAGAGGAAAGCCCCUCCCGAUCCAUGGUGAUGGAGUCAAUGUCCGUAGCUACCUCUACUGUGAGGAUGUUGCAGAAGCAUUUGAGGUCAUUCUUCAUCGUGGAGAAGUUGGACAUGUUUAUAACAUUGGAACAAAGAGAGAGAGGACGGUUAUUGAUGUGGCAAAAGAUGUUUGCAAGCUUUUUAAUCUAGAAGCUGACAAGGUCAUCCAAUUUGUCGACAACAGACCUUUCAAUGACCAGAGGUACUUCUUGGAUGAUGAGAAGCUCAAGAGCCUUGGAUGGGCCGAGCGCACCCCAUGGGAGGAAGGCCUGAGGAAGACAAUGGAAUGGUACGUAGCUAAUUCUGACUAUUGGGGUGAUGUUUCUGGGGCACUGUUGCCUCAUCCGAGGACAUUGAUGAUGCCUGGGUAUGAGGGCUCUGAGGAGAUUAAAGGUAUACUUAGUCAGUUUACUAAUCAGACAAAGAUGGUGGUAGCUCCAGCAUCAGAAAGUGCUCCUCAAACGCACGCCUUCAAGUUCUUGAUAUAUGGUCGGACAGGAUGGAUUGGUGGACUUCUUGGACAAAUAUGUGAGAAGCAAGGAAUUCCAUAUGAAUAUGGAAAAGGUCGCUUGGAAGAACGUUCUUCACUCAUCCUAGAUAUCCAAACUAUUAAGCCAACGCAUGUCUUCAAUGCUGCUGGUGUUACCGGCAGACCCAAUGUUGACUGGUGUGAAUCACACAAGCCGGAAACUAUUCGUACCAAUGUUGUGGGCACCUUGACUCUAGUUGACGUGUGUAGGGAGCAUGGGUUAUUGAUGAUAAACUAUGCCACUGGGUGCAUAUUUGAAUAUGAUGCACUACAUCCUGAAGGGUCAGGUGUCGGUUUCAAAGAGGAGGAUACACCAAAUUUUAAGGGUUCAUUCUACUCGAAGACCAAGGCAAUGGUUGAGGAGCUGUUGAAGGAGUAUGAGAAUGUCUGCACCCUGCGAGUCCGGAUGCCAAUAACUUCUGACCUCAGCAAUCCCCGAAACUUCAUCACAAAGAUUAGUCAUUACAACAAGGUGGUGAACAUCCCCAACAGCAUGACAAUAUUGGAUGAGCUUCUGCCAAUCUCAGUUGAGAUGGCAAAGAGGAACUUGCGGGGCAUCUGGAACUUCACCAACCCUGGCGUUGUUAGCCACAAUGAGAUUUUGGAGAUGUACAAGAAGUACAUUGAUCCCAGCUUCAAGUGGACAAACUUCACGCUCGAUGAGCAGGCUAAGGUCAUUGUUGCACCACGGAGCAACAACGAAAUGGACGUGAUGAAGCUGAAGAACGAGUUCCCCGAGCUGCUGUCGAUCAAAGAUUCGUUGAUCAAGUAUGUUUUCGAGCCCAAUAGGAAGGUGCCAGCAAACUGAAGCCAGCACAGGUGAUGUAGAAAAUAUAGCAACCAUUAUAAGCCUUUAGGAGCCAUUCGUCACAACAUUCGUUAGAAUGUUUUUCCAUGAUACUUCCCAGCAUAUUUCUCCUAUAGAUUCAGUCACAGCUGAUAUAUAUGUUUGGCAUUCUGUUGAUGACAACAUGUUGAUUACCCAAUUUGUUGUAGAGACACCUACUUGAGGAGUUUAAAUGUUCAGUUCGUGUGUAUCACGCUUGUUCUUUGAAGGAAUGAAUCUCCACUCUU